GAUACUCUUUUCAAAGGAAAAGAAAGGCUGAUUUAUGGCUCAAGUGAUCAUCCUCUAGUUAAUAUACCUUUAGUUUUUAGAGAACAAAAACAUAAACUGUUCUUCAAAUGAAACCUUACCCCAGAACAAAUGUGAUUAGUACUUUCAAAGCCGCUGAGCAAAGAGCAGCUUACGAAUUGAUUCAAAUUUCUAUUAUUGCUAAAAAAAUGACACUUCAGUGGAAAUUAUUGCCAUUUAUUUUCUAUGGCUUUGUGGUCGGUGAGGGUUAUUUUCGAUAUCACCGGAGUGUAGGAUAUUCCCCGGAACUGAUCAGUGAUUUGCGAGAGUUUGGCAAGCUAAUUCCCAGUGUCACCAUCGAUGAGCUCGUCGCCGAGCACAUGAUUACGGAUUCCGGCUUUCGCAAGGCAAUUAAAUUUUUGCGCAGCUCAGAUUUCAAGAGGUUCCAGCAUCACACCGAGUCUCUGCCCGAGGUAGUGGAUCUGAUUAAUUUUGUUCAUCUCAAUGACACGGUAGCCGGAGCUAGAAGAAACCACUGGCGCCACGCAGACCGAUACCGCCGAUGGGCAGAGGAGAUUGUUGUGGUGCUUCUGGACGACAACACUUUGGGCUUGGAGAACUUGAGCUCUUUCACCAGCUUUGUGCAAGACGUGCUCGGCCACUUGCCCCGAGAUCGAUUUGUGGCAUUAAUAAAAGAGAAGCGUCAAAAGAGUGCAAUUUUUGCCAAGUUUUAUGAGGCCUUGAAAAGUCCAGAAUUCAAAACAAAGGUGGAGGCUGCCUGGAACACAGUGAAUGUGCAGGGCGUCAUACGAGAGCUGUCUGGACAUGGAAUUAAUUCCCAGGACUUGAAAACCAUUGGCUUCGAAGUUCUCUCCUGGGGUCCAGCGUAGUGGGAGCCGUUUUUGUCAUUGUAAUCCAAUAAACUCAGGUGUUUUCAGAGAGAGAGACUGCCAGAAGGAGCUCGGUAUUCGAGUGUCGGAGUGGCUUUUUGGCCUUACUUGUAGGCAAUGGCCCCUCAAAAUAUGUGGCUAAUGAAAAUUCCAGUUACGAUCCAUUCAUGCCAAAAUUCCAACCGAUAAAAGAUAGCCGGAAAAUGCAAUAAACAAAAAAUGAAGAGCAAAAUAAAACAACUAAGCAAAUAA